UGUAAUAUGUUUUCGCAGAUCUGUAGAUCAUAUGUUGCAUUUGGAUAAAUAACAAACUGAAUAAGAAGCCAAUCACUAUUAUGACUAAAUUCACUGUUGUGAAUCUGAAGCCUCCAUGUGAUCAUCUGACCGCGAGCAACACGCGGGAACAAGACCGAGUAAUUCAGCUGAGACGCAAAUAUCUGCAUAUUAUUGACGUAUCGGAUUUUUAUACUGUUUAUGUGAUUAUAUAAGUUAUAUUUUUUUGUCUCUGCUUAUUACUUUGGACAAAGUGAUGUUGACUAAUAAACUGCUGACCCUGGUGCUGGUGGUGCAGCCCGGCCGGGUGUUGUUGGGCAUGAAGAAAAGAGGCUUUGGAGCUGGCAAGUGGAAUGGGUUUGGAGGGAAAGUCCAGCCAGGAGAGACCAUAGAGCAGGCGGCCAGACGGGAGCUGCUAGAGGAAAGUGGCCUCACCGUUGACACCCUCCACAAGAUUGGCAAUAUCAAAUUUGAGUUUAUUGGGGAAACAGAAUUGCUGGAUGUCCACGUUUUUAGAGCUGACGCCUAUAAAGGAGAGCCAACCGAAUCAGACGAGAUGAGGCCGCAGUGGUUUGACACAGAUAAAAUACCUUUCGGCCAGAUGUGGGCAGAUGAUGUCCUGUGGUUCCCACUGAUGCUUCAGAAAAAGAAGUUCUUGGGAUAUUUUAAAUUCCACGGUCACGAUGUGAUAGUGGAGCAGAAACUGGAGGAAGUGGAGGAUGUGUGAUUGGGGUUUGAAUACCACUGAUGAACUUUGCCACUGUAUCAGUGGAAGUUAUCCAACUACAUGCUUUCUUGGAUACUAUGUGAAAUCCUGAGAUGUACUGUAGAAAUGCUGUAGUUUAAUGUAAUAAAUGUACUGCAUUUUGUACAAGCACCCUUCUUUUUCUUACCUGGGAAAAUAGCGUCAUCUGUUAGUUUGGUGUGCCAUUUAUAUUUAGGUUAAAUUCACACGUCUUCUGUUUUCUGAUGUUUUGUUUUUACCACUUCCUUUGUUCAUCAUUCCUACAAUGGUUGUUCAGUAGAGUACAACAAAAAUCAUACCUUUCUUCUUACCAAGAUCUUUACUAUUCAUCUACUAAAUAAAAUAAUGGAAAGUGCAGAAUAAAACAAA